AACACCUGUUUACAAAUAUCGUACCCUCGCGAGCCAAGGCGAAGAUACCGACUCGGGGGCCCCCCUCUUUUGCCGGGUAACAGGCCCCGAACCAUGAACACGGCUGACUCAGUCAACAUCGUCUGCAUCGUUCGAAACGGACCGUCGAGGGGUCGCCAGAUGCAAACCUGAUUCGGUACGGUAAAAUGACAGUUUGUGACAAGUGUUGUGAUCAGUUUUAAGUGAAUUUUUUUAUUGAUCCAACAUCGGAUAGCCUCAGCUAGCCAUGGAAGAACAUUUCGAACUCGACGACGAUCAUGUAUCGUCGCAGCCAUUGCCUGGUGAAAAUGGGACUUACCCUUACUACUCUCAGCCACUGCUCAAUUUUGCAGCAGUAACCACAAUCUCGAUUAUGAUUGUUGGCCUUCUGGGCAACCUCCUUACAAUAGUUGCACUUCUGAGAUGCCCCCGAGUCAGGAACGUAGCUGCAGCAUUUAUCAUAAGUUUAUGCGUGGCGGAUUUCUUAUUCUGCGCUGUUGUACUUCCCUUUGCAGCGUCAAGGUUCAUAACUGAUAGUUGGGUUCAUGGAGAUUUCCUGUGCAGCCUGGUACCACUGGUGCGAUAUGGAAAUGUCGGUGUUUCACUUCUGUGCAUAGCGAUGAUCACAAUAAAUAGAUAUAUAAUGAUUGCACAUUACGGUUGGUACCCAAAGAUUUACAAGCCUAUGUGGAUAGCUUGUAUGAUCAUUUUCUGUUGGGCAUUAAGCUUCGGUAUGCAGGUGCCAACCUUGCUCGGCAUCUGGGGUAAAUACUCAUACGAUCACAACAUAAGGACAUGCUCAAUUACAAAAGACAUUUGGGGACGAUCAUCAAAAACUGCUCUUUUCCUUAUAGGAUUUGUCAUUCCUUGUCUUAUAAUCGUCUGCUGUUACGCCAGAAUCUUUUGGGUCGUGCACAGUUCUGAGAGCAGGAUGAGGAAACAUGCUGCAGAAAGCAAUGGAAAAGAACACAAAGAAUCAAAAACAAAAAGAAACGAAUGGAGAAUAACAAAAAUGGUUUUGGCGAUAUUUUUAUCAUUCCUUAUGUGCUAUCUUCCCAUCACUAUAAUAAAAGUUUAUGACCAUAGUGUCCAAUAUCCAGCACUGCAUGUCGUGUCUUAUCUCCUUCUCUACCUUUCGGCCUGCAUAAAUCCGAUUAUAUAUGUCAUUAUGAACCACCAGUAUAGACAAGCGUACAAGACAAUCCUGUUGUGCAAGCGGCCGAGGCUUCUAUCUGUCACUCCAGGUGGCUCGAGCUAUGGAGGAAAGUCAAAAGAAGAUAGUAAAACCAUGGUAUCGCAAGUUUCCAUAGCGCUAACGCCCGUUCGCUGCCAGGAACUUCCUGACAUUUCCGACAGGCAACUUUGAUCUCAGGUUUUCAAUUGGACUACCGACUUGCGCAGGAUAUUCAUACAAACCAUCAACAAUUUUUUUAUAAUCAUUUUAUUCAUAAUGCUUUUCGCUCUUUUUGCAUGUUGUUAAAUUUUAAAAAAUUGUUUUAGUCACUUUAUUUCUUAUUUUUGUUAUUGUUGUGAAAUUUGAGUACCAAUGUCAUGAUGCCAAAGUAAAGGAAAAUGCAAUUUUCCUCUAGUCUUUAAUGGAUGUGUACAAGAAACUCAAUUGUUCAUAUAUGUAAUAAACAGAAAGCACAAAAUUUGUAUUCUUGUAAAGUAUUAUUCAUUAGAGAUAUUAUUUUUGUAAAUAGUCUAAGUUUAUCCAUUUGUUUUUAAUAAAAAUUUAAUUGAAUGUAUUUAAAGAAAAAUAAGUGUACUUUUAGAUGUAUAAAUUAUUUGUGAUAUUUAAGAUAGUAAUAAAACACAUGUCCACAAAUAAUGGAAAACAUUUUAUUUAUUUAUCUCCAAUGUCUACUAAUCAACAUGCAUUAAGACUUUUGCUGGUCCUAUUGCAAAAAAAUAUGAAACUAGUAAAUUAUUUAUAAAAUUAAAUAUAUGUAAAUUACAUUAAAUUUUCAGUUACAAGAUAAAUAUUUAAUCUAAGUUUUUGCUUUGAUUUCCACCCAUCACAGAAUUGGUACAAUGCUGAGUACACCACUCCAGAUGGUGUAGUACAUGUCACAAAAACCAGCCUUGACUGACACUCUUGCUGCUGAGGGUUUAAUAACCAGAAUGAAAACCAGGAAACUCAUAAUUUAUUUUAUAUUUUUCUCUUGGACCUUUGGAAGAAGUAACCCAGAAAACAAUUUUGUCACUCGUACUGAAAUCAUAAAUCUCUACAUAGAUAAAUUGGCCAAGGAAGGCUCGGUGAGGACACCUAUUGGCCUCGAACCUUUUUGUGGCAUUCCAAAUGCCAAAUAUGUGGAUCCAUCGGACAGUGUAUUAAAAAAAAAAAGUCUUCCGUUUAAUGAGAAGUUAGCCCAGGAUAGAAAGGACCAUUGCAGAAACUAAUGGCAGAGUUACUAAAAAACUAGAACAUGUUGUGUUUCCACUGUGUGAAAAUCACCAGCACAACUGUUUAGUGAAACUGGUCUUGUGUUGUGUGUACCUAGUCAGGACUAUGAAUCUUUGGGUGCAAGGAUGUUUUGGGGUGAGGCAACCUGCUGUCAGUUUUUUCUGCACAUCAAAGUUUUUUGUGUUGUUUGUUUCUCUCCAUUUAAAUUGCACUUGUCUCAAGUAUUAGAAUGAACUGACUCCUAGCCCUGAGGAAAUUUCGGUCAAAAAAUGCCAUUCAUAUGCAUUCCCGGUCAUUGUAACAUUCGUGGCAACUUCUUGCUGAUGCGGCACCCAAAUCGGUGGUCACAGAAGGGAUCUGGAUAAAUCGAGUCUCUGGGGAAGACUUUUUCACCCAUAUCAAGAGAAACCCAUUUUGGAAAAAAGUGGCACAACGAAUGGUGUGUAAUGACCUUUAACAAACUGAGAGAAAUUAAGGAAGAUGUAAAAUGGUCUACACCUCACUCAAUCCUCCCAUAAGGAAGAAACUGUCCUAGCUUGCUUAAGAAUAGAUCAUUGAAGAAUCACGGUUUACUCAUGGCGUGAGAACCUCCACCGAUCUGCCAAGGUAGUCAGAAACCACUAACAGUCAAACAUACUGUUACUUUCUGUUCUUCAUUUGAUCCGGAAAGGAGCGUAUGUGCUAUUUCUGGUAGUUUGGGACAGAAUUUGUCAGUACAGAGUAGAAAAAACAUUUCAAUUUCAUGAGGAAGGCUGGUCUGCUUUCUAAAAUUUAGAAGACAAGGCAUGAAUGGGGAUGGUGGCUGAGGCUGUCAGCGCCUGCGAGCCUGACGGGGCCUCCUUGUUUGUGACAUUGUGGCAUUUCUGUUUAAAAAAAUUAUAAAUUUAAUUUGUAAGAUAAAUCAUUGUAGGUCAGACAGUAAUAUUACAAUAAAAUUGCUCAGCAUAAGCCUUAUAUUGUUUGUCUCCAUUGUUCCAUGCAAUUAGACAGUUUUAUAAUAUUCAUAAUUGUACAAUUUGGCAUAAAUUUAAACAAAGUGACUGAUGUUCUAAUUAAAUAAAUGGCAUAUUAAAAGAAAAAUACAAACAAAUGAAUAUGAAACACAUGAUUCAUUCAUUCUAAUUCAUUUUUAGUUAUUCACAAAAAAAAUCACACAAAUUUUUAGUUUGAAAGUUAUGAGAACAAAAUUAGUGAAUAUAAUUGAACAUGGAAUCUUUACAAAAACAGUCAGGUGUGAUAUCCCGGAACAAAAUGAUGGAAAUGAUCAGAGCAGGUUUGAAAGAUCUGGGAAAUGAAGAACAAAAAGUAAGUCCUGCUGAUUUGCUUAAAUACAUUAAGCAUAACCACAAUUUACCUCUGGCUAGAACUUUGCCUAGAUUUGUAGAAGCGUUAGAAUUAGCUAAAAAAAGAGGCUUAGUAUGGCAGGCAAGUAACAACAAAUAUAUUUUAAGCCCUGAGCCUACCAGCAUGUGCAAUUCAUGUGGUGGUAAGAAAAAGAUGAAGAAAUCCUCCUGUAGGCCGAUGAGAAGCAAACAAACAAAAAAAAGUAUUAAAAGAAGGCAGAGUAGAGAGAGAAGAAAGGAAUCUCUUUCUCAUAGAAGGAAGGCUUUACAGAGCAGAACAAGGUGUAAGUCAAAAAGGGAAAGUCACCGCCACAAAUCCCAUAAAUCCAGCAGGAGAAGUAGGUCGACUGAAAAAAAGAGGAUGCAUUCAGCAAAAA